GAAACAUUAUUGUAAUUUCUUUUCCCAUAUAAAUUGGGCAGCUAAACCCCACCGAAGGUUUUAUCCUCCUGACUCCUCCACAGUCUCACUCUUACCACCUCUUCUCUCGUUCUUUAUAAGAAGAAAAAUGCUGUCUGCCAUAUCUUCAUUUGAAGCUCCACCAGCUCUAUCCCAUUCUAAAUCUUCUUUUUUAAUAAACCCAAAAUCCAUCACCAACGGAAAUAGGCCUUCUUUCCUUUCAUUACCAGCUCAGCCCGCCUCGAGAAGGUUGCUAUGCGCCCCUCCUGCCGGAAAAUUUAUCCGAGAAGACUAUCUUGUGAAAAAGAAAUCAGCUGCAGAGAUUCAGGAGUUGGUGAAGGGGAAGAGAAAUGUGCCUCUGAUUAUUGAUUUCUAUGCGACAUGGUGCGGUCCUUGUAUUUUGAUGGCCCAAGAACUGGAAACGCUUGCUGUGGAGUAUGAAAAUGACUUGGAGAUUGUUAAGGUUGAUACGGAUGACGAAUAUGAAUUCGCACGUGACAUGCAGGUUCGCGGAUUACCUACAGUAUAUUUCAUUAGUCCAGAUCCAAACAAAGAGGCAAUUAGAACUGAAGGGCUCAUCCCACUACAGAUGAUGCGGGAUAUCAUUGAUAAUGACAUGUGAUCAGUUACUGCUGAAUACAAAUACAUGGAUGGAGAGGUCCUGCUCACGAUCAAAUGUUAAGAAAUUUCACUUUUCUUCUUAGUUGCAAUCCACACAUUUUGGCUGUGGGAUCUUUCCUGGAAAAGGCAAUCUUGAGUGGGUUGCAUCGUGGCAUUUCAUCUGUGUUGAGUAGAUUUUGUAGUCUUGUAUAGACUUAGCUGAUUACCUUUUAGAAUUGUGUCUCUCCAAUCAAGACUCGGCUGCUUGGUUGCUUUUGAUAAAGCUGGUAGGUAGAAAAUUGAAUAUUUUUGGAGGUAGCUUGAAUAGUAAUGAUAGUGGUACUAGUUACAGUAUUCAGCAUUUGGACCUUGCAGCUGUAUUUAUCGAGUUAAAUUACUAAUAAAUUUGGCCCUUGGUUACGUGACUUUUGGUGUAUAUUUAUGCUUCUUGGCUGAGAAGGAGC